AUUCCGCUGACAAUUAAUCACGGGCGCGAAAAGUCCACGAUUUCUGGCAAUGGCAGUGACUCCAGUGACUCGAGUGCGACAAAGUUCAGUGACUUCAAACACAUUGUGGGCAAACUUGAAUUUCUUUGGGCAGAUUACACCUUUUGCUGUUCAUUGCGAGAAAAUACGCAUUCAUUUGCGUGAAACGGCAACCGACGGCGUUAAGAUACAUUCAUUAGCGUGAAAAAGCGAACAUUUGCCCAUAAAUCAGAUUCAAUAACGAUUUUUGCAUUUUAAUCAACAUUCAAUAACAUUUUUGGGCAUUCAUUUGCGUCAUUCGACAUACAAAAGAGAAAAAUAUACUUUCAUUAACGCCAACAUUCGAGUUAUUAACAUUAUCUUGAUAAUCAUUAGGGACAAUAGACAAACAUUUAAGUGCAAACGCUAUUCAUUAACAUUUUUAUGACACUGUUUGCAAUUCAAUAGCAUUCCUGGACAGCUUUAGAAUGGAUAAGACAAACAUUAACGCACUUGUACAAUCAAUUCAGCGUUCUUUACAUUCAAUAUACAAAAAUAUAUUUUCAAUGAAACAACAGGAAAAAAAUUGGCCUGAAUAUGUUUAAAGAAUCACUCCGUACUUCGCCACUGUGUGUUCGUCGACGGCUGCGGCUAUAUAUUUACCCUAGACGGCCAGAAGUCAUGGUGGGGUGCGACAGGGGGUGGAAGGCGUACCGCCAAGUGUUCGGCCAACGAGGACGAAACUUGACUAUGACCACAGCAAUAUUGACUAUCAGAUGUAUUCCUCGGCAGCUUCUGGAGUAAUGAAUACUGUGUCGGUUUUUCGGUGACCUUCUGGCACGGGCGAGGAAAAACUGGAUCCCGGUAAGUCGGUGGUCUUUGCGUAUGACGGGGUGCCAGCCCACCUAGAUUUGACCAUUCCCGCCCCAUAUGUACACAGCUUAUGCUUUCCCCCUCGGCAUCGUUGAAAAGGAUUUAAGUUGUCUGAAAGCGACACCAAAGGCCAACAUCUCGAGUCCGGAAAUUUAACGAUGUAUAACCGGAAUGGGGGCAAAGCCCUUGCAAUCUCACUAGCGGAGUUCGGAAACAACAACUGCAGUGCUUGAAGCUCUGCGCAGAAACAUGACAUUGUGACCGCAGCUAAAUGUGCUAAGGUGUACGAUUUCAUGCAAACCUACCUCCAAAAGUGUUUAAAGAGGGUCUUUAAAUAGCGAGGUUUUUGAGGGAUAUAGAUUUAACGGACUGAAAUUCGGGCCAAAUUUGUUUGAGUUUCUAUUGUUUAAUUGAAAAUCGAUUUUUGUAUAUUAAACGUAAAGAACACUCAAUUGAUUGUACAAGCGCAUUAAUGUUUGUCUUAUCAAUCCUAAGGUUGUCCAGGAAUGCUAUUGAAUUGUAAACAUUGUCGUAAAAAAAUUAAUGAAUAGUGCUUGCACUUUAAUGUAUGUCAGUUGUCCCUAUUGACUUUCAAGAUGUUGUUAAUAACUUUCAUGUUGGCGUUAAUGAAAGUGUAUUUAUUUCUUUUGCAUGCCCAAUGACGCAUAAAAAUGCCCAAAAGUGUUAUUGAAUGUUGAUUAAAAUGCAAAAAUCGUAAUUGAAUUUGAUUUAUGCCCAAAUGUUCGUAUUUUCGCGCUAAUGAAUGUAUCUUCGCAAUAUUGGUCGCCGUUUCACGCAAAUGAUUGCGUAUUUUCUCGUAAUGAACAGCAAAAGGUGUAUUAUACAAAGAUAUUUUGCUUUUGUGUCCACGGUGGAGCUCCGCACCUUAUAUAUCCAGGAACUUCCUUAUAUGAACACAUUUUGUGAAUGCAUCUUGAAAAAAAUCGGACUUACGUACGCACAUUUCCAGUAGAACUCAAGGAAAUUAGUAAAUGUCGUUAAACUCCGUUUUACUAUGAUGUAUUCUUCGAGAAAAUUAAAUAAUAAGAAGGUUAUAACCACAGCUUGCAACUUUUGAAGACAAAUUGCCUGUUCUUUCCCGGUUUAUGGCCGCACAAACCACUUCUGCGCUAAGUCGACUCGAAAAACUUUGUUUUGAAUUUCCCGCUUUUUUUCACCUGACCAACAUUGACGUCACAAGCUGUUUUUUCCGACAAUUUUUCCGACCGCUCUACGAAGAUAAGGGCCAAAAAACAGCAAUUUUUAAUUGUGAAUAUCUCGAAGAUACUUGCUUCAAUUGACCUGAAACUUCAUAGUAUGUUUAUUUGGUUCAUAUUAAACACAUUUCACUAGAAUUGAACUAAAAUAAAAAAGAUCGAAAUUUUGGUUCAUUUGACCUUUAAGUAAGAAUAAAAUUAGUAUUAAAAUCACACUUUUCAUCGAUCUUUGCUAAGGAACUUAAACUACUAUUAUCAGUUAUCAGUAUAUUUUCUUGUCUGUAAGAAUUCGAAUUUCUGAACGAAGUCUGUGCAUUGGUCAUCUUUUUCAUUUCUUAUUUUCCCAACAGGUUACAGCUGCUCGUACUAUCGUUAUGAUUCCCAGGCAUUCCUUUUCUCGCUGGUGAACAAACCAGGAUGGGCACCUGUGAAACUGCCUCAGACAGGGCAGUAUAGUUCUUACCGCUAUUCUAUAUUCGCCUGCUCGUCUUAUGGACCUAUUUUCGGUGGAGGCCAUGACAUUUACAUUGUCAACUACGCGUCAUCCAGUAGCAGUUCCUAUACUGCCCUUGGCUAUACUUACAGCGCACCAAGUGGGUACAGCCUUGGAAGCACCUUUUCCAAUACAUUUCUGGCAGGCACUUAUUAUUUUACUCCAGACGAAGUAGAAACAUUUUACGAAACAACCUAA